AUGGAGGGCGCAAUGGCCGUGCGGGUGGCGGCAGCUCAUACGGCAGGAGCCGGGGCUGGGGCCGGGGGGGAGCGGGGCGAUCCUGGGGGCGCAGCGGCGGCGGCGGCCUCAGCUCCCGGCGGGUUUCUGGGUCUCGCAACGCCAUUCAGCGAAGAAGAUGAAGAUGAUGUGCACAAGUGUGGCCGUUGCCAGUCUGAGUUCACUACCCUGGAAGACUUUGUGCAACACAAAAUACAGAAGGCAUGUCAACGUACACCCCAGGAGGCUACGACAGCCACAGCAGCAGCUCUGCUUGGCCAGGAGCAGGUGGUCCCAUCUGGGGAGGAGUCCAUCACAGUGGCUCAUAUUGUUGUGGAAGCAUCUACUCUUUCAGAGGAUGUCAGCAGUGCUCCAGACAUCAUUGGCAAUGGGCAUAUCAAAGAAGUCAUUGUUGCAGCAACAGACCAUGUCUUUGAGAACCCCAGUGGGUCUGGGGACAAUGAGGCUGGAGAAGGUCCUGCUAGUCCUGAAGACACUGAACAAGAGGUUUCCACUGAGCUACUGAAGGUGAAGCUUCUGGUCAACACAGAAGGGCGCUACGUGUGUGAGCUGUGCCAUAAGACGUUUAAGACGGCCAGCAUUCUCAAAGCUCACAUGAUCACACAUAGCAGCAAGAAGGACUAUGAGUGUAAGUUAUGUGGAACUUCCUUUAGGACCAAGGGUUCUCUCAUCCGCCAUCACCGGCGGCACACAGAUGAGCGCCCUUACAAAUGCAAGAACUGUGGGAAGAGCUUUAGGGAGUCUGGAGCUCUGACCCGACAUCUGAAAUCUUUAACCCCAUGUACAGAAAAAAUCCGAUUCAACAUGAACAAAGAAAUAGUUGUUAGCAAAGAAGAUGUUCCCACAGGAUCCAGUGAUUCAAACACUGAAACAGUCACAGCCAUCACAAGUGAAUCCAUUGAGACAACACCACCAGUGAUUCACCUUGUCACUGAUGACAAGGGCACUGUCAUCCAUGAGGUACAUGUCCAGAUGCAGGAGCUUCCUGUGGACAUGAAAACCAUAGCCCAGGAGACCUCCAUCUCUGAAAAAGUGCCAUCUGAAGGGGAGGUGAGCAGUGAGAAUUUGCUGAGACAAGCCAUGCAGAACUCGGGCCUUGUGAUCAAGAGAGUUGCAGUAGAAGAGGGACCCAUACCAGCUGCACCUUGUGUCGGCACUGCCCAAGAACCAGGGCCUGAGGGGGUGAGGACAGGAGAACAGCACUUUGUAGCUGUGGAAGAAGUACAGACAGCUGACCCCUCAUCCCAGAGUGGAUAUACACAGUACUCCUGCCCUCACUGUGUAGAGGUCUUCAAAUCGGCCCCGGCCCUGGAGAUGCAUGCCAAGGUCCAUGUUGGACAACAGCUGUUCAGGUGUGAGCAGUGUGGAAAGGAGUUUCCCAAGGCCUACCUGCUGAAGAAGCACCAGGAAGUGCACGUUAGAGAGCGGCGCUUCCGCUGUGGCGAGUGUGGGAAGCUCUAUAAGACCAUUGCCCAUGUGAAGGGGCACCGCCGUGUACACUCAGAUGAGCGUCCGUACGCCUGCCCCAAGUGCGGGAAACGUUAUAAGACCAAGAAUGCCCAGCAGGUGCACUUCCGGAUACACCUGGAGGAAAAACCGCAUGUGUGCCAGUUCUGCAGCCGGGGCUUCCGGGAGAAGGGCUCUCUGGUGCGGCACGUCCGGCAUCACACUGGGGAGAAGCCCUUCAAGUGCUAUAAGUGUGGCCGUGGCUUUGCCGAGCAUGGCACACUCAACCGGCACCUGCGGACCAAAGGAGGCUGCCUGCUGGAGGUAGAAGAAGUGGUGAUGUCCAGGGCUAGCCCAGCCACCCCGACGAUAUCUGAGGAUGCCCACACGGUGCUGGUGGAGUUCUCCUCCGUGGUGGCUGAUACUCAGGAGUACAUCAUUGAGGCCACCACAGAAGACACAGAGACCAGUGAAGCUACGGAGAUCAUUGAGGGCACACAGGCUGAGGUGGACAGCCACAUCAUGAAGGUAGUGCAGCAGAUUGUGCACCAGGCAGGUUCCGGGCACCAAAUCAUCGUCCAGAACGUCACCGUGGAUGAAGAUGAGGGAAUGGGGGCCAGCACGGCAGCUGCUUCUGACACCAUCACCAUCGCCACCCCUGAGAGCCUUACCGAGCAAGUGGCCAUGACCCUCGCCUCAGCCAUAGGAGAGGGGGCUGUGUUGACGACUCGGGCAGGAAUUGAGGCUGACCAGGCCACAGUCACUAUGGUGGCCUCUGAGGACAUCGAGAUCCUGGAGCACGCGGGGGAGUUUGUGAUCUCCUCCCAAGAGGGGGAACUGGAGGUACAGACAGUCAUUGUGUAGGAGCUGCCUGGCCUAGAAGGAGCAGAUGUGUGUUCAUCGGCGGCACCGUGCGGUCUCCAAGCCUGGGGGGAGCCCAGCGAGGAUCUGAGCCCAUGAAGAAAAUUCUGACAAAAGGGAAGGAAGAUAGUGGAAAGGCUGCCGUGAAUCAUGCAGAGGAUGGACAGACGGAGGUGGCCUUUGGGAGCAAAAGUGUCCUGAGUGCCGGAAGAUGGGGGAGUGAUGGGAUCUGGAGCUUCCCAGCCGAGAAUUCUGGGUAGUCGGAGCCGGCCUGCUGGCCCAGAGCACUGCCAGGACCCUUCCUGAGCAAGCCAGGGAGGCAAGAAAGCCAUAUUGUACAUUACAAACCACAAAGCGAUUUAAGACAAAUGGAUCCCAAAUUAUGGAUUUGGGGCCGGGAAUAAAAUGAUUUUUCCUUUGUUUACAAUAAAAUAUUA